AUGGAUGAAGAUAAACUAAAACGAUUUUUGGUUGAGUUGCCUUCAGCAUUGUUGUUUCAAAACUACUCGCGUGUGAAGGAGUACGUUUACAAGGCGCUUUAUUUCUCAUCAACAGACAACGGCAAAUAUUUGCUGCGUUUGUUUCCGAAUCUACCACCUAUUGCCGAAUCGGAUCGGGACCAACUUGUUUACUCCGAUUUCUCUUUGCAAACUUUGGACAGACUUCCAUCAUUUCAGAAACCUGACUCCAAAGAGUAUUCUCAUCCCAUAGGCAAGCCAUGUGCUCGGUUAUUCAAAGCUGGAGAUCUGGUUUACAGGUGUGAGGAAUGUGGUUUUGAUGACACGUGUGUUUUGUGCUCGUACUGCUUCAAUGAGCAGGAUCAUUUGGGUCAUUCCGUUCUGGUUUACAAUUCAAGUGGGAAUUCGGGUGGUAUAUGUGACUGUGGAGAUCCAGAAGCGUUUGUCACCACCUUACACUGCAAGUGUAGUGCAAAAAGGGCAAAUAGAUCCCCUUUGAAGGAGAAUCUACUUGAAGAGCCAAAUUAUGAGUGUUUGUAUCUGGCAAUCAAAGUCUGUCUUAAUUAUGUGUUAGAUGUCACAAAUUCCAAUGUUAGCGCAUUGCCGAUUAUACACGAGCAUAUGAAUAAAGGUCUACUCAAUUUCAACCCGAGGUCCUUGUCCAACUAUUUUUCUUUACCAAGUGGUAAGUAUGGAGGAGCUACAGAUGCAAAUUCUAACGUUUGGAAUUUGAUAUUGUGGAACGACGAGUUUCAUGAUUUAGGUCAAGCGGUUUACGCUAUAAAAUUGGGACUUUCGUGUAAUGACAGCAAAGCAACUCAGAUUGCUACUCAAAUUGACAAAGAAGGUUACUGCGUUUUGAAAGGAGCUUCAACAUAUGAAGCAUUGAAGUCUACCAAAGAACUCGUUGAAAGGGGUGGACUAGUCUCAACAAUUGUGUCCACUAGAGAUCUUUUUCGUGAGCUUAUUCUACGAGCAAUUAUUUUCUGGCUUGAUGACAUUUUGGAUUCACGCGAUGAGAUUUUCAAACUGAAAAGUCAGUCUGUUUUGACAAAACUACUAUUGGAUAACGACUACAGGUUUGCAAAAGUGUUUCCCGAGGAGUUUCUUCGUGGUCUUACUUAUGGAACUAUGGAUGAGUGUUUCAAAAACGGUAUCCCAAUCGAAGACAAGUUUGUUACAAGGUUCAAUUCAAAUCAAGUCCGAACUCCUGUCAGCAGCUUGGACCUACGCGAACGGUUGAUAUAUCUUUUAGCUGAGCCCGAUUUAGAACUUCCAUUCUCAAGAUUUCAAAUCUUGUUAAUUUUUCAAAUACGGUUCCCCAAACUUGUCAGAAACAAGUUAGUUUCUGUCUUGUUGCCAUUACUCGUUUCCAAUCUCGAGUUGAAAGGAAAAUUUGCAAAACAAUUCACUGAGAUAUAUCCAAUGUUACUAAGUAUAUGUGCAUAUCUGGAUAGAGAGGACCAUUUGAACCUUAUUACUGAAAUUUCAUCGCAACUUUAUACAUGUCCAGUGACUGUCCGGAAGCUAUUACAGGCAUCAUAUGGUAACUACAUCAUCAACGGACUUACCAGGAUCAUUGAGGAAAGUUGUGCAGUUUGGGAUGAGGAUAUUGGGCAUUGCAUAUUUGUGGAUUCAGAUACAGACUCUCAAGCAGAUAGAAGAUUGAAAAGGGCACUUCUCAGAGGUAUACAUGAUCUAGAGCAUUUCUCGUCAGCCAGUUUAGGUUCUGAUGCUUUGCAAGCUUAUUUACGUCCCAAAAACUUUGUGUUUCUUGUUCUGUUUUUGAAGCUCUUCCACGAUUAUUUACCAAUGACCAGAAAACGUGGAGAGCAUGUGUUACAGGAGCUGAUGACUUUUAGACUUCAUGCAGCGAUAUCAAUUCCCGUCCUUUCCUCAUUAAGAAAUAUAGCAGCCAGUCAAGUUGGCCAUCCUAAUUUAGAUUGGGUAGUUGAGAAACUUGCAAAUUUUCUUGCUGGAGAGGAGAUGUAUCGGGUUGAGUACGGACAAGACAACAUAAAGGUGAGUAGUCACGCACAUGCAUUUGUUCAUCCUUUGACGAGCUUCUUGUCAUACUUGAUCCAAUUUGCGGGCGACAAUGAAUUGUAUUCAUUGUUACAGGACCGUAAGGAUGCAGUAAUCCAAUUGUCUGACGCUUCACUUAGAAGUAUUGUUCUUGGGUCACAAAUAAAGAUUGGGUUUUGGAUCAGAAAUGGGGUCUCAGCGUCGCGCCAGGCAAGUUUGUAUUUCGGACCUAGCAUGUCUGACUUAACAUUUGCUAGAGAUUUGCACUUGCAACAAAUUGUAUUGCUACUUGGUAACUCAGAAGAGAUGGUGAGAAGAUUUUUGGCAAGAUGGGAGUUGAGCGACUGGUUCUCCAAUAAGGUGGACUAUGAGGAUACUGUGUAUGAGGAGAGGUUUUUUGCAAUUGUGGAGAGGUUUGUUGGAUUUAUCUACAAGUUGUUAACCGAUAGGUCAAUGUUGAGCAACUCAUCGUCGAACGAAACGGAAAUUGCCGAAACGAGAAAGUUUAUGGCAUACUACUUGUGUGAAAAGGCAAGAAGCUAUACGAAAUUGAAAUCGAAAGUGGACCUGGAUGUCAGUGAUUCUGCUGAGUUUGAUGAAAUACUAUACGAUAUUGCUGACUACCAACCACCCUCAGCAUUACUAGAUACCGGGCUAUACAGACUCAAAGACUCGGUAUACUCUCAAUUAGAUCCGAUGGGUCUAUUCUUGGAUCCGUCAAAGUUUCAAAUUUUGUAUGAGGUGUUGACAAAGAAGUUGUCAAAAUCAAAAGGCGUGAAAGAGCAAGAGGUUAUUUUGACUCCGCAAAUAUCUUUUUCUGGAAACGUUGCUAUGGACAACAAUAUUGGAGGAUUUUUAAAGACCAACUUGUUCGUAAAGGUUCUACACAAACUUUUGAGAGUUGCAAUCGACUCUGAGAAUGAGUCAUAUUUACCACAGUUGCUACACUUGAUUCAUGCAAUAUUGAUAGAUGAUGAACACAUCCACGGAAAAGAAUACUUGUCACAACUGUUUAUUGAUAUACCUAUUUGUGACUUGUUAUUGGCGAUAGCUGAAUCCAACAUGUCUAAACCUGUUGUGCUUAAAGCUGAUUUUUUGGUGGAGCAACUCCUUCUUAAAGACCAGAGAAUUCUAGAAAAUUUGGUGAGUUGUUUCGGGGUAGACUAUGUUCAAUCUUUCAAGAAGCGCAAGACUCAGUUGUUUGAAUCAAAGGCAGAAAAAGAGAAACGGAUGUCCGAAGAGAGGAAGCGGAAGAUUAUGAAGAAGUUUUCCAAAAAGCAAGAAAAGUUUUUGCAAAACAAUAAAAAAUUGAAUCAAGAGCAUGAUGAGCAAACGGAACAAGAGGAGAAAGAUGCCAGAGUAUGUGUAAUCUGUGGAGAGAAGGAAAAAGCAGGACAAGCAUUUGGAAUAUUUCUUAUUGCAACUGAGGCCCCAUUGUUUUGGAAAAUUGAUAAUCUAUUUGACCCUGAAUCCAGAAAGGUUUGGUCAGAAGAUUUGAGUGCUGGUACUGACAAAGAUAACUUUGGUCAGGGGUAUAAUAUUUACUCAAGAUGGACCGAGUUUCAACGGCCAGUAUUUUCAUCUUGUGGACAUGGAAUUCAUUAUGAAUGUUUCAGAAGGGGUGUGGGAAACAUUAAGUACUACCCGUGUCCUUUGUGCCGCACAUAUCAUGACUCCUUUGUGCCAUUUGUUGCGCAUAAACCAGAGAAGGGAACCGAAUUGCAUGAAUUUGUACUUGGAGAUUUUGAACUGAAACUGAAUGAGAAAAAAUUGGAUAUCUUGCGCAGCCUAUUUGUACCACCAAAUAAUGGAGUUGAAUAUCAUCAUUACUUAGCACUGAAGAGUAAGUAUGAGGAUAUUUUUGAUCAUUGGAGUGCAAACAUGGGUAGUUCCAUUCAGAUGAGUGAAAUUGGCACCCGAUUGAAUGGCAAGGCUGGUUAUUCCGAGUUUUUGAGUCUGAUCCCUCAAAAUACCUUGAAUUUGUUCAAGGCAUUAGUUCAAGCACAAGUUAUGGUUUUUGAUCUAGGUGCACCAUGGGAAAGAGAAUCGUGGGAAAGUAAUAGACGAGGUCUUUUGGAGCUGCUGACUGAAGCUGAUUUGCAAUCGGGGGUUUUUGUUGAGACUUUGAUUCAGUUCUUUGCUUCCGGAGACUCUCUAGCCACAUUGGCCAGGAAGGGGAUGUCCAGAAUCCUUGGCAAGAUAAUGGCUAGAGUGAGAAUAGAUUCGUUUGACAUUGAGGCUGAAGUACUGCAGUCUAAUUCUCAAACUUCUCUAUCUGAUUUUGAAAAAUUUGCUCAAAUUUGGUCCGCUUUGGGUUUGUCGACAAAGUUUGAACGCUAUGGGCGUCAUGUUUUUGACUUGGCACAACAAAUCAUUGGCGUCUAUUUGAGGCAAGUGAUUAUAUUUCAACACAUUCUUUUGAGCCAAUGUGAUGACGCAUACUCCAUCGACGGGGAAAUUUACUCCAAAAUGGCUGAGGAGAUUGAAGAUCAACCAUUCAUUAUCGGAGUAGAUCCAUUGGCUAAAGUGCUACAAAAUCCUUCACUUGCUGAAAUUCUUGAACGGGUACUUGAUCCAGAAACGCUUGAGUAUAAACACUUUGAAAUCGCUCGCAAUAUAACACACACCGGGUCAGUAAACCAGUUACUUGCGCUAGAUUAUCCAGGACAGGUACACUUGUGCAUUUUGCCCGAGGAUUUCCAGGAUGGUUUAUUGAAGCUUUCGGAACUGAAUGUGUUGCGCAAGUGUAUGUGUAUGUUUUGCGGACAAUGGUUAAACAAAGGUCAUCAAUACGGACACAUGAAAUUGUGCUCUAAGUUUGGAAUAAUCUACGAUCCAGCAAGGAACAAUUUGCGAAUUUGUAUUCAAGUUGGUGAGAAUUCACUCGUGUUGGAAAUCCCUGGUCCAUAUGUGACAAAGCAUGGUGAACCGAAAGGGGACCGAAUCAAGGGCAAAGCAUUUCUAAACAAAAUGAAAUUCAAAGAGUUGAAUAGGCUCUGGAUCAAUCAAGGGUUGUAUAGCUACGUUUCAAGACCGUUGUUUGGAUCAGCUCCCAAUAUGAUGAUGCCAAACUUUGGCUUCAUUCCUGGACCUGGUGCUCGUGCCGCUGCUGAUAUGGACAUUGAUGAAGAUGGAGAAAUUUGGGACAUGGGUCCUGAUGACGAGGAUGACGAUGAGUUCAUGUUUACAGCGUAG